CUGUUGGAAGAGCAAGUUUGGUGCAGUUGAGACAGUUGACCUGGAGAUGAAGGGUUAUUUCUGGGGAAAGGAGUUGGAAAGACGCAUUUAUGUGUUUGAGAUGCAAACCAAUCAUAGGAGGCCUAAUUUGAAGAGAACAUUCAAGACGCUCCUCCUACUCUGUCUGAUAAAGACUUCACUCAUCUACCUGCUUACUGGAAACAACAUCAAAUUGCCAAAGAUGUUAUCGAAAGAUCUGAUGUACAGCGGUUAUUUAGAUGGCUCCAAACAGAUUCAUAAGCCACCCCUUUAUUCGGUGGAUCCAAGAAAAUACUUAAUUCAGCACCACAUAGCUUUUCCAAGGAACCACCAUUUCAUCCUGGAUGACACAGACGUGUGUAGGUCCAACACUCCUUUCCUGGUUCUGGUGGUUUCCGUGGCCACAGGGAACAGAAAAGCUCGGGAUGCCAUCCGGAAAACGUGGGGCACUGAGACCCUUGUUCAGGGAGAGCUGAUCCAGACUGUCUUCCUCCUGGGUCUCCCCAGUGGAGAAAACAUCACAGAGCAGCAGGAGCACGUCAGCAUGGAGAACCUUCAGUACCACGACCUGAUCCAGAGCGACUUCACAGACAGUUACAACAAUCUGACUAUAAAGACCAUGGUGAUUAUGGACUGGCUGGCCACGCGGUGCUCAAAGGUGUCCUAUGCCAUGAAGAUUGACUCAGAUGUGUUCAUUAAUGUGGAGAAUCUGGUGAGCUUGUUAAAGUCACCAGGCAUCCCCAAGGAGUUAUACCUGACAGGAAGUCUGAUGUGGGAUAGGCCUGUCGUUCGCGAUCAGUCCUCACCAUGGUAUGUUCCUAUGGAGAUGUACCCUGACCCUCAUUAUCCAACCUACACUCUUGGCAUGGGCUACCUCUUCUCCAUUGAUCUGACAAGCAGGUUUGUGGAGGUCUCCAAAAGCAUUGAACCCUUCAAUAUUGAAGAUGCCUACAUUGGAAUGUGUAUGAAAAAGUUAGGACUCAGUCCCACUGAGCCACCAGAUCCAGACCAGUUUAGGGAUUUCCUCGAUACUUACAAUCGCUGUACCUUCUCUAAGAUCAUCACGUACAUUCUCUACUCUUCUGAACAGCUGGUGACUCUCUGGACAGACUUAAAAAAGCCUGGCCCACCAUGUUAGCCCUUUGACCAGUGUUGGGGGUAACGCGUUACAGUAACAAUGUUACUUUUUUGGGUAACAAAGUAAAGAAACGCAUUACAUUUUAAAUAUCGGUAACUACACUACUUUACUAGACUAUAGCAAUGCGCCUUCCUGCGUUACCCUUUGCCUGCGUUUAAAGUUCUGAUCUGUUGUUGUGCGUGCAUGCGUGCUGCCUGUGUGUCUGCAGCGCCUGCUUGCCUCGGCACCUUGCCAUAGCGAUCGACUUGAGUGAUAGCUGCUUGUGCGAAGGAGUGUUCAAGUGUUGGAGCGCAGAAGCAGGUGACACAGAAAGACAGGCUGGUUGCAGGGUUCAUUGUAGAAGACAUGCUUCCCCUGUCGACUAUUGAAUCGCCCAGAUUGAGAAAAAUAAAUAAAAUACCCGCGACUCGCAAGCCAACAUCCGACAGGGAAACAUUUUCCCAUAACCUGAACAAGUGUUAUACCAACAUGGAACCGAAGCUGAAAAUAAUUUUAGAGUCCUCCCUAGAUCAUGUGCCGCCAACAACAAAAAAUUGGAUCCCUACUAACUUUUUUCUAAAGUUUUAUAGUAAUGCUGUCUAUCCAGCACACCGUCAUUCCUGAUGACAGCUUCUUAAGAAGGCUGCUCUUGCCUGCAAGAGGGUGAGAGGAAGACACUUACGAUGUCAUAGCUUGAGAAAUAGAUCAGGUUCAUUCAGCGUUUGGACCACAUAAAGUAACAGCAUGUGUCAUCGCCGCGUAAGUGCAUAUCUGUUAUAAUUGAAUGGGAUAAAGUGACCUUUUUAUAUUUUUCCUUUUUAUAACCCUUCAUUUUCAUUCAUCAUUUUUGUUCUCAUGUUUCCCAAAGCCUGUGUUUUGAAACUUGUGUGUUGCUACUGAUUGACCUCAGCAUAGCCUACUUUAUCCUGUUGUUUGUGGAUUUUACAGUGAGGCAUUUCUUUGUGCCGACAGGGAUAUGGUUCUUUCAUAUGGUUUAUAGAUAGAUUUAUACAAUAAACACUAAGUGAUGAUAGGGCUCUGACGUUUGUUCAUGUAUCCACAGUAAAUUAAGAAACAGAAAGUAAAGUAAUAAGUAGUGAAGUUACUUUUGAAAUGCAGUAGCUAGUAAAGUAAUCUCAUUACAAUUUACAGAAGUAACUAGUUAUAAGUAACUAAUUACUUUUUUUGAGCAACUACCCCAACACUGCCUUUGUCAUAUAUUUGCCCAUUUCAAGGAUAGUUGAAUUGUCAAUAAAUUGCUAGAUAAAGAAACUAACCUUAAAAAUAUGAUUUUGGGAGUAUUUAUAUUGUUUUCUAUUAUUAUUUAUUUAUUUUAUCAUUUAUUAUUUCAGCAUUGUUUGUUGACUGUUUACAUUUUUGUUGGUGCAAAGUAUCAUGUGGCGUUUUUGAACUAUGGUCUACUUGGAAGCGGGGAGGGCUAACCUUUGGUCUUUUAAUCAAAUCUUUUUAUCCAAUUUUUGGUAGGUUGAAGGCCUCAUAUACAAUUAAAUAGGCCAUACAAGUGUGAGUGUUGUUGGGUCAUCGACUCAAGACAAGAGCGUCAUUAGUUAUAUCACACCUUCUAGUAUGGUGCAGUAGACUAGUCCAUCUUUGGAACGUUGUAGUUUCAUCAUGGCAGGUCCCCACGUCCAUAACUUCCACCGUCACAUAAUGAUGUAGCCUAGUGUAAAUGCAGACCGAUUCUCUUAGCACUGUGGUUUUCUUUUCCUAAGUCCUGAAGAAUCUCCUUCAUCUACCCUUGAGCUCAUUGCGUCUUUCGUGGAGGUCCAGGAAAGGAUCUCAGAAAAUUACAUAUAACCUAAACCUUUUGACCUGAUCUGACCACAACCCUUGUUUUAUGCAGUUUUACCCUACUUUUAGCAGAAGUGUUAGUUUUUUGCUAGGCUGAACUAUCUUUGUGUUGUUAAAUAAACGUGUUUGUUUUAUUAAAAAUACUGAUGUUUCUCCUGUGUAAAAUGUCAGAAUGAUGACUUGUUAAGAACUAUGAAGACUUUAUUAGACAAAUAGUAUAUUAGUACUACUAUAAAUUAAUUGUAAUAAUAAUAUUACUAUUAUUAUAUUAUUAGAGCUAUGUUAUGCAUUCAUUUUAUAAACCAAUAUUAUAAAAGGUAUAUAUCUUGGGAUUGUCUGUGAUCGUGUCAUUUUAAUAGACAAAAUGUAAUUGAGUCUGUUUCUACAGCCCCUCUAAUGAGCUCCAGGGAUGUUUUCAUUUAUAGAUACAUUUGCUUUGUUUUUGUAAUGAUUUCAAAAACAUUUUGAGAUGUUAAAAACUGAACUUUAGUUGUCAUCAACUAAAAAUUAUAAAUUACACAACAUUAUUACACGGCUCUUCUCAAUGAUGUGGAAUUCUCCGUUCACUUGCAUGGGCCUUCCCAACUUCCGGCAGUCAAUUAUUUUUUAAUAAUUGACAGUUGUUAAGCAUAUCUUGAUCUUCGUUUCACUCCGCAAGUAGUCCGGUAAGUUAUCAACUCCAGCGUAUUCGGUUGCUAAGCGAUGUCCACGUCUUUGGCAAACAAUUUUUUCUGCUGAUCAACACUACGAAUGGUAAAAAAUAAAUUGUAAAAAGACAU